GCUUGGUAGACCUCUUCCUCCUCUCUUUCCUGCAGCAAAGACUUGGGCUGGAAUUCACUGAUGCAGUUAUGGAUGCACAACCUAGAAAAAAUGAGUACUUUGGACUGGUGUGUUAUAGCUGGAAAAAGGCAACUUGUUUCAACUUUCUUUCUAAUACUGCUGGGAGUGAACAUACCAGGAAAUGAGAUGCUGGAAAUCUAUUACCCAGCAGACUCUCUUCACCUGCAAGAAGGAGAUUCUUUAGUUUUGACUUGUACAAUUACAUACCAGCUCUAUGAGUCACAGGGAUUGGAUGUAUAUUGGUGCAAACAGGCAGAAGAUGUUUUCAUUUGUGAUAGGAUUGAUAAGGAAUUGCAAAAUAAAUCAUUGGAUGAGAAUUCAAAUCCUAAAGAGAAUAACACCUUUUCUAUCCUGCUACAAAUACACCAACUCAACCAGUCAGACAGUGGUAACUACCGGUGCCAGGGCACCACAAUGAAUCCAGUUCAAUGUGUCAUAGGCCACUACAUCAGGGUAUAUGUAACAGCAGCCGCUCAACUUUCUGUAAAUAUUUCCUAUGAAAUCAACACCACACUGAACAACCAAGAUCAUUUCUGGAGAGAAGCUGGAGAGGAUUUCCAGAAGAAUAAAGCAUUUCAGGUGGCUUUCCAAUUGGAGAAGAUGUUCAUGCCAAGUCUGAUUCUCAUCCUGAUGGCCUUCAAAAGAAUUUUCUAGCCACAUUGAACAUAUCCAGCAUGAUAUGUCUUGAGAUACUGAUCUACUAUUCAUUUGUAAAACAUAUAUAUUCAGCUUCAUUAAACUUGGGUACCAUGUUUCUUUUAAAUAUUUUAACAUGGCUUAUAGCCUGACUCUGUUUUGUGUAUAAUAUAAAUUUCUGCACCCUGUCAAUGUCUUGUUAAUCAGAUAUUGACAUAUUUAUUAGUAAAAAUAACAUUCAGAAGUCAUGUCAAAUUAAGCUCAUACCUAAUAGGUUUGAGGAAAGCACAUCUCCAUUGCAAAACAAGUGACAGAUUAUGAUAAAUGACCCAGAUCUAUUUGUUCCUUGAGGGUGCAAUCCUACGUACAGUUCUCUUGGAGUAAGGCCUGUUGGACUCAAUGGGAUUUUUUUCAUAGGGAUACCUUUUGGAUUUCAUUGUAACUAUGCUCUGAAUGUAUUUACUGCACAAUCUAGGGAUGGUUUUAGAACUGUUCAGAUGCACAGGUGAGAAAACUAAUGCUGUACUUCAGUAAUAAUGUGUAGGCUUACUGCCCCCUAUCAGUGAAUAUGUAUAAGAAUCUUUUUUAAAAAAGGAAAUUUGUUAUUGCAUGUUCAACUCUAUGGCAAACCUAUAAUGUGGUAAGAUAUUGGCAAGAUUUGUUCUUUAGGGUUUGCCAUUGCCUUCCUCUGACUUGCCUAAGUGGUCGAGCAGGGAUUCAAACCAUGUCUGAAUUGUCAGUUCAAUUCUCAAACUACUACACCAGGCUGGCUCUUUAAAAAACAAAAUUGCUAGUGCUUCACACCUCUAGAAAUAAAAAUAAGGCAUAUACCAGAAAUAGGAUUAAAGACAUUUAAGAGAAAAAUGAGUCAACCUCCUUAAUAUGCCUAUCUGCUAUAUAAUAUUCAACGAGUUACCCAAUGUUCAGAUAAUAUGAUUUUGGUUCUCUGCAGAUUACUCUAAAAUUGUUAAAUCUUUUUCAAAUGGGACUGCAUUAUUCAGCAAGGCAGACAUUUAAAAUAUAUUUUAUGAUUUAUUUUAAGAGAUGAUGAUAAUGUGAAUCCUAGCUUCCCAUCUCAUUUGUCAGACUAAUCGUUCUUUGUCUCCUGCCUUACAUCCUUUCCAUGAGCUAGAAAUAGUGUCAAAUACCCAAUAGCGGAAAUGAAAAAAGCAAGUAAAGGCACGCUGGCUAUCAUAUUUUUAAUUCUAUUAUUUCCGCUGGUUGAAAAUCUGUGGUUGUUUGAGUGUUAAACUCCACAUUUAAAAUUCAGAUCUUAAGGCCCACUUUAAGAUUCCAGAUUCAAAGAGCAGGCAUAAACAAGGUGUGGCUUAUGGGUGUAACUAGUG